AUGAAUGCCCCUUUAAAUAAUUAUGGGCAUAUAAAGCUUAAAAUAAGCAACAAUAACAGUAAAAUAAGUUGUGUAGAGGAAGCUCGGGAAGAAUUGGGAAAUAUGGAGGACAACCAUAAACCUGUAAUCGAAUCUUGUACAACAAUUUUAGAGGAUCUACAUGAAAAGAUAAAAUUACAUGAUAUUGAAUCACUAAAUAAACUGAUAAAAGAAAUUCCUGUCCAUAUUCUGAAUUCAAUACUCCCAUCUACUGGACUAACAGCUUUGACCUUAGCUGCUAGCUAUCAGGGCUAUGUAUCCUAUUAUAUCUCAGCUAUAUUAAUAAGAAAUGGUGCAGAUACGAAUUUAUCUUUAAAUGAUGGAUCUACAGCCUUAAUAUAUGCAGUUAAAAAGAGCAAUUUGCCCCUAAUAACUUUAUUAUUACUGUCUGGGGCAGAUAUAGAGAAGGCAGAUAACUUGGAUCAUACUCCUCUGCUACAUAGUAUACAUGCAGGAGAUUUGGAAAUAACGAAAUUCUUACUGCAAUGUGGUGCAGAUCCUAAUAUAAAGAGUAGAUUUGGGUUAACUCCAUUGUAUUAUUUAUUACAAGAACCUUCUAAUAAUUUGACUGGCAGCUUCACCUCACUACUACUCGAUUAUAAUGCUUCAAUUACUGAAGUAACCUUAGAUGGCAAAGAUGCAAUAUCUUUUAUAAUAAAUAUUGCAGAUUCAUCUUUGCUACGUUUGGUUAUAACACACCCUGCUUUUAAGAACUAUUCUGAAAUUCAUAGCAUAGAAACCUCUACCCUUGUGAAAAGUUCUUAUUUUAAUAUUAAAAUAGCAACAGAUACCAUUAGUAGAAUAAUAACUGCAUUACGUCUUAAAAUGGAUCAAGAUUUAAUCAUCUCAUUGUUAACCCCAGAAAUUAAGUCAAAAAAUCGUGAAAUUUGUACUUCAAAGGAUGAAGAUGAUAGAACACUUGUUUGGUGGGCAGCUCAUUAUGGUAACCAUCGCAUAAUAAAGGCUUUAAUGGACUUUUACUAUUCUCAAAGGCAAACUAACUCAUUUGAGUAUGAACAAUGUAGUAUUCACAACCCAGACAUAUAUGGACAUUAUCCAAUAGGGCAUAUUAUAUUUAGUGGUACCUUUAGUAUGUACCGUGAUAAGCAGCUACUUGAGGAUAUACUAUUGUACCAGAGUCCUAGUACAAAUGCAACUUUGUGGUAUAUUUUAUCUGUUUAUGGAGGUUCUGUAGGUGAACAAAGAUUGACUGAAUAUCUCUCUACGUUUGUGGAUUUUAAAAUGCUAUCAUUUUUAACUAGAUAUUUCUGUAAACCUUUAAAGAAAUCAGAAAUUCCAGCUCCAAGAUGGAUUCCCUACAUUGGAACAGAUGAGUAUGAUAAGAUAGUAACAAUCCUAUCAACACUAUUAAUAUUAAGAAAAAAUUACACAGCAAAAGUUGUUUUGCAAUCUAUACUUAGAGAAGCAAUGCUGCAGAGUUUUUGGUGCAUUCAAGUGUUACAGCAUGGGCUUAUUACAGCAGCUAUACUAGGUAAAUAUGAUGUGAUCAAGAGUAUUUUAUUAGCACGUGCUCAAACAUUAUCAGAGGUAUUAACAAGUUUAAACUACUCAUCCCCAAGAAGUGUGAAUAUUGCACUAUGCUUAAUAGGAUCAAUUCCUCCAAAGUUUCCUAAUUUUGAAUACUUAAUGAUGGCCCCUAUUACACUAAUAGUUAGACAUAUCUUUCACUCUAAUUCUAAUUCUUCAAAUCAAGAAUUUACAUUUCGUUUUGUUAACAAUCGACAUUUAUUAGAUGGUCCUUUUAGUGUACUUCAAAGACUUCUUUCACCUGAAACUGGCCGCUUUGUAAGAUCUUCAUCCUUAAAUCUUACACUUGAACUAUUACAAGAAGUUACUUGUAUGUCAAAUAACCGUCCAUAUAUCCAUUCAUUUUUCGAGAAUUCAAAAUAUAUUAAUGAUAGUGAAUAUGAAGAAGAUUUUGGCGAAAGUUUAGACAAUUCACAAAGAAUAACUAAGAGAGUAAUGGAUGAAUACAAUUUUAUCAAUGUUUAUUCCACGCAAGCUCCAACUCAAGCUUAUCACUCAGCAGCAACUCUAGGUGUAAAUAAAGGUGAUACAGCUGAUAGCUGUUUUAUUAAAACAAAAUCUCUUUGUAAAUUUAUGCUAGAAACAAAUUUAAUAUGGACACCAAUGAUGCUAGAUACAGGAUUUCAUCCACUAUCAACAAUUUUGUCUGAUUACCAAUCAAAAAGUCCAUUUUUGAGUCUUCCAACACUCACUAGUAAAUAUCAACAAAUUCAUUUAGGAUAUUUACCUCCUAUACCAUUGAAGACAAAUAUAACAGAUUUAGGUCCUUUGAUUCCAGUUGACAUAUUAUUUGAAUAUAUUGAAGAACAUAGUGCAUGUCAAAAUAUAAUGACAUAUACAUCUUUUGAUGAUUUAUUGGCAAAGAAGAUACAAAUUAUAACAUUAAUAAGUGAGAGCAUUCAUUUUCAUAUAAUUCCAUCAAUAGCUAAUGUUUCUAUGUCUAUCAUUUUAGUUGUCUUGCUAUACUUUAUUCUCUGGGCUUCUCUUGGUUGGAUAAAAGUCUUACUUGUAGAAAAGACUAAAUACAAUAUAAAUAGUACAAUUUUUACAGAUGCAACAGAUUCAAGUGAAAUUCAAGACUACAGUGAAACUAGGAUAUCAGAGCCUAUUUUAAACAAUGAAUUUAUUAAUACUAACAGUUUGGAAUAUACUAUUGAUUCUAUAGACCAAGAGAUUACAUUUGAUAAGAAGCAGAAACCUGAAGUUCCAGUUAAUGUAAAUCUAUACAGGAAAGAGAACAAGCUUUCAAAUUUACAAAGUGCUAAUACUCAUCAAUUAAAUAAAAAACUCUCACAUUCUUUAGAUAAUGAAUUUAACAUAUGUACAAGUCAUGAAAUAAAGGCUGAUGAAGAAAAUCCUUCAUCUCUAGAAUCUUCUGAUACUACCAACUUAAAAACUUCACUUCUAUAUAAAACAAGUAAAUUUUCUAUUAAUGGUCAAUUUAACAAAGAUUGUGUCAAAUCCUCUAUUUCCCCAUCUUCAUCUUCCUCAUCUUUACAUGUACCAAAGUCUGCUAGUUUAAAAGAUUUGGAUAUACAGUAUUUACCGGCAUCUACUCUGCUUCUAAAAGAGUCAAAUAAAAGGAAAUUUGAACUCAACAAUACUUUUGUGCACAAGCAUCCAAAUACGAUAUUACGAACUGGAACAAUACAUAGAAAUGAUAUAGUCUACAAAUGGAAUAAUUUUAAAAUUAUGCUACUUAACUUAAUUCCCAAAAUUUUACUUAAUCUUGAAGACUAUGCACUAGUGUUUCCUUUACCUGGAAAACGAGACUUUAUUGAUUCACUUAUUGGCAGUAUAACUAUAACUUUCACUUCUCCUUGGUAUAUUUAUCAAACAAAAUUCCAAAGUUCUAAUCAUAUUAGAAAUUCCAAUAUAUACAAUAUUCACUAUAAUAUAUGGAUAAAUUUCUUGUGUAAUAGUAAUAUUAACAAGAAUAUUCUAUUGAGUAAAAAUAAUUAUAGUACCUAUAUUCAAUGUGGACUUCAGAUUUUUUGUUUGAUUUGCCAACUUGCAAGUUUGAGCUACAUCUGCAUAUUUCUAUUAUUAAAUCAUGGAUUUGACUACUUUUGGUUUUUUCUCGGAACAGCUCUAGUUGCUAUAUUAAAUUUAACUAUUAGAUGUUAUUAUACUUCAGAUUUUGUUAAUGAAUAUUUUGAAGAAUAUUUUUGUGGACUCUAUAAAGGCUUCAAGAAGAGUUCUGAUAACUAUUUUAUCAAAGCAGACUCUUUAGACAAUAUAAAUAAUACUAGCCACAGUGAAAAGAUGAUGAUAAAUCAGGAUGAUAUUUAUACUGACCAUCUAAAUAAACAGAUAUUGGAGAACUACUAUGAUUGUCUGUCUGAACAAGAACGAAGUUAUCAUAAAUUAGAUAUAGCUGAAACCCAUAAUCAAUUAAAUACUAAAUUGCUUAUCUCCCAGAAUGAUUGCAAUGCAAACCUAGAAUCUAACAGUGAAAAAUCUGCAGAACCCUCUAAUGCAGCUAUAGAUAGCGAAUAUAAAUAUCUAGACAGACCAAUAGAAAAUAAUGAUACUCUACAAACUAGUUGCAAGAUAUCUAAAAUCACAAGAAAUCUUGCUAUUUAUAUAAAACACAAUGAAAAGUUUGUUAGUGGGACCAACAAACUCCAUACUUCAACUUAUCCUAAUUCCCCAACCAUGAGAGAAGAUUCUAUGAAAAGAUCUAAUAAUAUAGAUAAAAUUACCCCACAUGGGCUGACUAAUUCUAUGGAUGAUAUUAAUGGAAUAGAACACCUAGAGAUUGACAAUACCAGUAUUACCUCACCAAGUAGCCAAGUAUAUUGCAACAAAGUAUUUACAACACGAGAUAAUGAACAUUAUAAAGAUAUCAGACAAGAAGAAAUACAGAAUUUAACAAAUACUAUAAAGAGUAAAAUCAAUAAUUUUCAUACUCCUUUAUAUAACUUGGCAGAUAAUGUUAGUUACAAUACAGCAAGAGAUUACUUCAUUGUGGUUUCCGUAUGUAAACUCAUUAGUAUUCUUAUAGCAAUGUCAUCAGAUAUAUCAAUUGUAUUAUUUGGGAAUAACUCUUUCUUAUUUCGAGAUUUUGCAUUGUACUUCUUAUACACUGAAUCUCCAACUAUAGCCUUUAUAACUGGUUGCAUCUUUACUCUUUGGCUUUCAUCUUUUAUUUUUGAGAUAAUAAAAGGAAUGAUUCUACUAGUUUUCUUCGUAAAACAAAGGAAACGCCUUUGUAAUAUACUAGUACAGCAUAUUCCAAUACAAUUUAGAUAUUCAAAUGCUCAAGAAUUUAUUCAAGUUCUGAGCUACUGGAGAAGUGUAAUGCAACACGUCUUGUAUAAAAAUACAAAGCUGUGGACUCAAUUUUUUGAUAUUUCUGUAUCAAUAAAUACAUUGUUAUUAUUUAUAUUAGGAAAACUAAUACUAAUUUUCAUUUAUAUAAAAAAAAUAAACUUUUUGGCCUACAAAAUCAUUCAAAUUAUAUAA